UGGGGAGCCGAGGGCUCCUCGCGCUAGUGCCCGCAGCGCCCGGAAGCGUCCAAAGGCCCCGAUGCUGGGAGAAGACGUGGAGGCCUCUCGGGGAACCACGACGACUUCCACGAUGACGCAAUAGUCAUGUCAAAUUAUACAUGUAUAUUUCACCUCCACCCGGAAGGCCAGAGCCAUCCUUUCGGCCUCUUAAGUGCACAACGGAACUAGAAAUCAAGGAAGAGAGACCAAAAGGGUAAAAAAAAAAAAAAAAAAAAAAAAAAUUUAAGGUGCGUGGGGUGGUGGCGGUCCUUGAGCUGGAAAGCAGGGACCCUGGCUUAUUGCGUGGUCCCCCCCAUCACCACCACCCCACGCCUUCCGUAGCACGAGCUUUAAUCAUUUACUAUGAAACUGGUGACUAAGGGAGAUACAGCGUGUUGAACCACUGAAGCACGCCCCCCCCCCCCCCGCCACACACACCAGCCAGAAAAGGGAUACCCCGUCGGCUCUGGACCCGGCAAAUGUACCUGGGCUCCCCCUGGAGGCCACAGUGUCCCUCGAAGGUAUUCCGUUGUAAUCCCGGAGAACUGAUACACCCUAGUGCUCUGAAACUUGGCCUGUGCUCCAGGCGGCAACCCCUGCCCCUCUGCCUGGCGAGGCCUGAACACACCCGUCUGGCCAGGUCCUGUUCACUGGCCAAGAAUGCAGCAUUGAACAUUGGGCACUGGGGCGGGGGUGCACUCCGCGCUGACACCGCACCUCUCCCCUCAACUUGCUGACUAGAGGUAAUCGCUUCCUUUCAUCGAUUCACAGCGUUAGAAAAAUGCAGCAUUGAGAGGCAGCGCGGAGGUCAACUGGACCAUCACCCUUAAGUUGUAGGGAAGAAAACUGAGACCUAGAAAGGUGAAGCGGUUGUCCCAAAGGCUUCCAGCUGUUCCCAGUACUCAAGGACUUGGAUGACACUUGGGGAAAUGCUCACUGUUGUAUUCCCAUUCCUCACUUUCCAGGAGGCCUGAACUGUCAAACUCCAAAUCUGAUUUCCACUCUCCCAGGAAGGCUUCGGAAAUCACUAAGAUCUUCAAUACAAGAAAUAUGAAAUAAAGUUCCUGAGGCAGAAAGAUCAUGGUACCAGAUGAAACCACUGACCUACACAAAGAAAUGAAGAGCACCAGAAAUGGUAAAUAUAUGGGGGCAAAAGACUUGAACAGACAUUUCUCCAAACAAGAUAUAAAUCACCAACAAGCACAUGAAAAGGUAUUUGACAUCAUUAGUAGUCAUUAGCUGAGAAAGUGGAACUCCAGAGACACUCCUUUGUCCUAAGUCAAAGGAGCCAAACAGUGUACCAGCUCCCUCUCUGCCAUCCCCUCUGAGAGCAGCCAUGGCCCUGAGUGAUGUCGAUGUGAAAAAGCAGAUUAAGCACAUGAUGGCUUUCAUUGAGCAGGAAGCCAAGGAGAAAGCAGAGGAAAUCGAUGCCAAGGCUGAGGAAGAGUUUAACAUUGAGAAAGGAUGCCUUGUGCAAACCCAACGACUGAAGAUUAUGGAGUAUUAUGAGAAAAAGGAGAAGCAGAUAGAGCAGCAGAAGAAAAUCCUGAUGUCCACCAUGAGGAAUCGGGCGAGGAUGAAAGUCUUGAGAGCCCGAGAUGACCUCAUCUCAGAUUUGCUCAGUGCGGCAAAGCUGAGACUCAGCAGGAUUGUGGAGGACCCAGAGGUCUACCAGGGGCUGCUGGAUAAACUGGUGCUCCAGGGUCUGCUCCGACUGCUGGAACCUGUGAUGAUUGUGCGCUGCCGUCCACAGGACCUCCUCCUGGUGGAGGCUGCUGUGCAAAAAGCCAUCCCUGAGUACAUGACAAUUUCCCAAAAACAUGUGGAGGUCCAGAUUGAUCAAGAGGCAUAUCUGGCUGUGAAUGCAGCUGGAGGUGUGGAGGUCUACAGUGGCAAUCAGAGAAUAAAGGUUUCAAAUACCUUGGAAAGCCGACUGGAUCUCUCAGCCAAGCAAAAGAUGCCAGAAAUACGAAUAGCCUUGUUUGGUGCUAAUGCCAACAGAAAGUUCUUUAUAUUAGCCUCUGGGAAGUGAAGCUAGUGUUGAACCACUAAACCAUAGAAGUUUAAGUUUUUUGGGGAAAGGAAACUAGCAGUGUUUCUCCUCUUUGAUGCUCUGAUAUUGUUCUGUUUUUCUUCAUGAAAUACCCUUUGGAUAGCUAAAGUGUUAACUUUGAAAUAAAGCCCAAAUUAAUGCUCAGAA